AUGCUCUCUUCGUGGAGUACCGUGGUGCUUGUCACUUUAUCGCAAUGUUCACUUGUAGCAUCCGCUCAGAUACCCUUCCUCCCUCAAUCGCACACCGAAGGCUACAAAUUUGAUGCCCUCCUCCAUCUGCCAGGAAUCUCACCUUAUUUCGACGCAAUUGGGUCUGGCCUCGAUCAUACAGCACCACGACACUGUGAGGUAACAGCAGCUUCGUACCUCAUACGCCAUGCUGCGAUCUACGCAAAUGAUGACGAUCACGAGAGGUAUAUCGAACCCUUUUUGAAAAAGCUUAAUACCACCUAUGAUGCAUUAUCAGGCAAGAGAAGAAAAGGGUGGAAAGGUCCAUUAUCUUUCUUUGCAAAAUGGGAGAAUCCGAUAAACGACCCAGACAACCAAUUGGAGCAAAUUACGCCUCAGGGCAUCAAGGAUUCGAAGGCCGUUGGGAAGCACCUGCUUUCGAGAUAUCCUAAGCUAGUCCCUACAACCAAGAAGAUAUAUGCCGACAAGAAGUCUCGAACGAAAGAUACUGCUGCUGCAUUUGUGCAAGUGUUCCCACAAAAGGUAGUGGUGGAGGAAAUACUGCUGAACAGAUCGUCAUUCCAUGCACAAGAUCCUCAUAAAGCAUGUAAUGCUUUUACGAAAGAACCUGGAAAUGAAGAGCUAGGACAAUUCAUGUCAAGAUAUACUGUGCCAAUCGUCAAACGAUUGCAGAAGUAUUCGCCAGUUGAGUUGGAGGAGAGUGACAUCAUGGGCCUCCAGCAAUUGUGCGGUUAUGAAUCCGCGAUAAAUGGAAAGAAGAGCAAGAUCUGUGACGUCUUCACAGAUGAUGAGUGGAUGUCCUACGAGUACGCUUGGGAUCUGAAAUACUCCCAUAUGGUGGGACAUGGGAACCCAUUGUCGCCAUAUCUCGGAUUUCCAUGGCUCAACACAACGUCGCAAUUAAUGUCCAAGUUUCAUGCUCCCCAACAUGAAGGUUCUGUUCCAGAAGUUCCUGACGACGAUGGGCAACGCUUCUUCCUUGCCUUUACGCAUAGGGAGGUGCCUCCUUUCAUUGCCACAGCCCUCGGACUCUUUGAUUCCUCAAAUUCAUAUGCAGAAGAAUUUCCGACGGAUCGAAUAAAUUGGAGUCGAUCAUGGAAGAUGGCUGAACUAAUUCCCUUCCUUGGGCAUGUGGGCAUAGAGAAGCUCACUUGUAACACCGUCUCAAUGGACCCUGAAGAUGACAUGGAAUACGUCCGCGUUAUUGCCAACAGUUCUCCAAGGCCCAUUCCAAGUUGUGCUGAUGGUCCUGGUGCGAGUUGCAGCUUCGACAAAUUCACUGAAAUAAUUAAAAAGGGUAUGGAGAUAUAUGGAGAUUUUGAUGGAGUGUGCGAGAAUUGA